AUGAUGCUGACUCUGCAAGAUUUUUCCACUUUUGCCAAAACGUGGCUCGGUUCAUUUGUGCCACGAGCCUCGCCGCCAUGGGACGCUUCGUGCUCAUUCUGUUCGUCCUCCUCACCUUUUCAGGCACGCUUUGUCAACAGGCGCCAGCGUACAGCCGCCAGUUCGAAGGUGGGGACGCUCUACACGUACGUCUACGAGACCUCGGUACUGCUGAACGAGCCGCAGGCGCUACCGGUGUCCACGGCGAAGGAUGUGGGCUUCCGCGUCGAGCUCUCGGCCGAGGUCACGCCCGUGUGGCAGCACCCCGGCAACGCCCACGAGCAGAUCCUGCAGCUUACGAUCGUGGCCCCCAAGCUCUCGGUGAAAUCCCGCCAGGGGCCGACCCCGGGGGACUUCGCGCACAAGUCGUCCAAGCUGGAACAGUACAGGCUGCACCCGGUCUUCCUGCAUUGGAACAGCGGCCAGAUCGGGAAGGUGCACCACUUCGAGGGGGAGGAGGCGUCGCUGCUCAAUGUGAUGAAGGGCAUCUCCAGUUUGUUGCAGCAUCAACUAAAGAAUGUGAAGCAGAGAGAAAUGGACUCCUCAGGGAAAUGUGAAGUGACAUACAACAUGGUUGACCCAACGCACGUCACCAAGUUGAAGCGGAAUUGCAAGAACGUCAUUCCAGUACAGUUCUUCAACCAAACCAAUAAGGUCCUUGGUGCCCUGAUUGACAGUGAGGCAACUGCCUCAUAUGUGCUAAACCCGGAUGACAAGAUCAUCGAGAAAGCCACCUCAAUGGAGACCCACUUCCUGCGUGUGGAGGCGCGGAAGCAGUCUGGUGCGGAGGUGAUGAGCAAGCAGAACCUCCAACUCAAGAGUCGCAGCAAGGUUAACAGCCCUAAAUACGCAGGAAACACAGCUGCUGAAGCAUUACGAUCCAUUGCCAAAAAGCUGAAGAAAUCUAUCGUCACAGAACAGCUUACAACGAACCCUGAGGCAAAGGAGUGUAUUUCAUGCAAAUCGUUGAAGGCAUUAAUCAGCAGCUUCUACAACACUCUCAGUCCCAAGAACCUGGGCACGCAAGGCUCAGCUAUCGCUUUCGUGAGGCUGCUGAGGAAAGUGCGCGAGAGUGACCUCGACACCAUCAAGGCGAUCCUCAAGGAUAAGAAGAAUGCCAAGAUUAUGCCACAGCUCCUCGACAUCUUGGCCGCAGCUCAGACGAUUCCCUCGCACAAGGCCGCCAUGUCCGUGCUCAACUUUGGUGGUCCGAUUGACAACCCCGAGAGAUAUCUGCUGGGUCUCUCCUUAGCAACACAUCCUUCAGAGUUCAUCUUGCAAGAUUUAAUGAAACUUGCAAAGAAGGGUCUCAAUAAUGACAAGCUGUAUGAGACUCUUGUUUUAACAAUAGCCUCUGUCAGCCACACUUUCUGCAAGGUUUCCAGCAACUGCAAAAAGCCUAUUAUUACUGAAGUCCAAGAGUUUAUGGCAAGUAAGUUAGAGAACUGCAAGAGUGAAGACUGUCAGCUGAUUUAUAUCCGUGCUUUAAAGAACUUCAGGAAAGCAGAUACGAUGGAGAUCCUCCUGAAGUAUGCAGAGGGCAAAGCACGCAAACCAGCAAUAUAUGCAACAAGAGCAUUGCAAACUAUGCCUGGUAGUUUCAUCACUGAGAAGAUCCUCAAGAGACUAGAGCGAGUUUUCCUGGAAUUAAAUCAGCAGCAUGACUCUAGCGUUCGAGCCAUGGCAGCAGAUAUUAUCCUGCAGCAUCAGCCCAGUGAGGAAUUCCUUAAAGCACUGUUCCACGUCAUGACCUCACAUGAAACCAGAGAGCUGAACACCCUCUUGUUGGGGAGAGUUUCUGACUUGGCCAGAAAGGACGAACAUUUGCAGAAGCUAUUGAAGACUGUGCUAAGGACUCCAACUUUUAACAAUUACCACAUCCAUGGGCAAGGAGGGUUGUCAUCUGCAUUCUCAAGAAUGCUUGCCGAGGACAAAAGUGCCAACUCCUCCUUCAGCAACAUGCUCGAAAUCAAUGGGGGACUCCUCAAGAGGUCUACAGUUGAUGUCUUCGUGAACAGUGAAGACUCCCAGAUGAGGCUUCUCUCUAUUGGCAUUUUCGCAGGUGGACUUUCUGUCUUUGGAGGAGAGGAUGCAGUUGAUGAUGGAGAAGAAGCCAACGCUGGUAUCGAGAUGACUUUGAUGGACACACAGCUUCGACCAUUUGUGUUCUUCACUGGCCAAGGGGAGCUGAUGGGACAUGUAUGGGCUGGCACAGGGUCAGAGAAAACCACAGCACUCCAGGGCUCCUUGUUGCUGCAAGACCACCUCCAGAUCGUCCCUCUUCAGAAUGGUUUUAAUGCCGAACUCCUCCUCAAUGGUGCCAUAUCGUAUGACUUCUCUGGCCAAGUACAAGUGUCUCUCUGGAAUAGGAAUGCUCACAGUCUGGUGGAAGUUGGGGCCGCUAUGAUUGUCCAAGGUGUAGCCAGAGUAGACAGCUCCUUCGUGCAGACUCUCAUUGAGUUUAACUCGGGAGGACAGACGCAACUGAACUUCGUCACCGACCUUGAGUUCUACGACGAAGUCAUUAUGUGUUUACAAAUGGUGCAACCCAACUUCGAGGUUGUGAACAAUGUACGAAAGCUCGAGCGCAUUCCUGGAAGCAAUUAUGUGUUGCGUAAAUACAAGAAAAAUACAUCUCCUGUUCCCGGUAAAACAUAUGUAAUGAAUAAGAAAAAUACUGAACUAUGUAAUAAGAUGUUUAAUAAAUAAAUUGAUAUAUAUUUUUUUAACUAGCUUAUUUAGAUGUUGUAUCAGUCAUAGGAUAAAAGAAUCAUUGGUUUUGAUAGACUUUUUUCUUACAUUUUUAAAAAGACCAAGAUAGUAUGCCAGAGUAAAGGAAAAAUGCCAUUGAACAAAGUCGGGUACAAUGAACAGUCAGUUUCGACAAUAGAUAGGGAAUACAAGUUUGAAUAUUUACAAACUCAAUAUACGAUACUCAUUCCAGCAUAAAAAAAAAAUACUACAAAAGAGAAAAUUGCUGAUUCUUUGUUACGAUUUAUUCAUCCUCAAAGAAUUAUCUAAAGACUUGCCAGUAGCUUAGAUUUCACCUUUGGUGCCUUUUAUACCGUUGUAGACAUGUCUUCUACCUCGCCUACUACUGUUGUGUCUCAUAGACAUAAUAUGGAGUCAUACACAAGGUCACAAUGAUGAGUAUGUGUAGAUAGGUAUAUUUUUCUUUAUACAGUAGGUUUUAAACUCGUGUCGUUAUUAACACUAUUUUUUGUGGGCAUAAAGAAAGGAAAAUACUUUUUUUCUUCUUCUUUUUUUCUUUCUUUUCAUUGGCAUAGUUGGUUAUUUUCCCUUCCUCCUUUUUUUUUUUUUUUUUUUUUUUUAAGGAUUGACAUGACUACAAUAAUUAUUAUUUUGUAAUCAUGUAUAGUAGAAAGAAAGGAAAAUAUCGAGGCUAAUUUUCUCCUGGUAUUUUUAAAAGUCAUUUUAAUUUUGGAAAGUAUAGCAGUGUUAGGAGACAGUGCAAGGCAUGCACCAUAUAUCAUUUUCUGUUCUCCUCGCAACAUUCCCGUAGGAUUUGGUUCAUUCUCGCUUGACUGAACAUUCUCAGAACUGGUGAUAUUAAGUCAUGUUGUGCUUUCAGGUGGUUGCUCACACAGACAGGUUGCAGUUUUGUAGCUUUCUGUAUUACCUGUUUACUUAAGUUUGCCCUUUUUUUUCCCCCGAAGGAUACAAGUGUGAAAAACUAUUUUUUAAGGAGAUUGUGUUUUCUUGAUUUUAUUUCUUUUUUUUUAUUUAUUCGUCUUUUUAAAGUAUGCCAGUAGUAUUUUUGGGUGAUAUUCAAGUAAGAAAAGGAUACUAAUAAUGGCAAAAUAACUUUUGUUUUUGCUAUUACAGAAUGACAUUUAGACUUGGGUGAUAAAUAUAUAUUGUGAUGUUAACAUUAGAUUACACUUCUAUCUAGAGAACUGUAAUAAAAAUGAACUACAGUGCAUGUGGGCAUUUCAAUAUCAUUUCUUUUUCUACUCUUUGUCACACUUUGUAGAAGGCACUGCUCAUUGUAGUUUUAUCUAAUAGUAGCUAUUGAACCGAAAUACACAAUUCAUGAAACUGAAAAAAAAAGAAUGCAUUUCCCUCGAGUUAAACCAUUGUGGGGUAGACUGUGAUAAUAUGCUAAUAUUGUUGAUUAUAAAGACCAUGUUUCGGCCUGGGAAUAAAGACCACAUUUCAGCCAGGGAAUUUGUAAUCUUCGUUAUCCAAAUGUAUAUUUUUGAAGGUUGAAAGCCACUGUAAUAUGAUGAAAAAGGCAUUACUAAUUACUGACCUAUUGCAUUGUCUUAAUGUUUAUUUAAUGAGUGAUUUUCUUUAUUAAGGAAUCUGAUGAACACUUUAAUAUUUUUUUUUUUUUUUUUUUCAUCUUGCUUUCUUGUUUUAUUUAUUUUGAUUUUUUUUUAUGACUGUGCCAAUUUUUGCAUGUCUUUUUCAAAUAAUUUUUUUUAUCCUUAUUUUUUGGUUAUUUUGUAUAUAUGUGAUUACCAAACCCAAGAAAUAGAAAUGAUCCUAUUAAUUAAGACUUGUUAUAUUGUAUUUUCUUGUACUACUUAUAAAUUGUUAUAUUAGUUCACAUGUAUAUUUUUUCUUUUAAUAAAGUACUUUAGGUA